AGUCAGUCCACUCCACUCCCCAAACCUUCUCGACCCUUCUUCUCCCCUCCCCUCCCCCCACCGUCGCGCGCGGCGUCGCCUUCCUCCUCCGCCUCCGCCGCGCUACAACCCUAGGCCCUCCCGGCGACGGUGGGGAGCGCCCGCGCGAUGCUGCCGCAGCAGCAGCAGCAGCAGAAGCAGCAGGCGGCGGCGCUGAUGCCGCCGUCCAUGUACGCGAUGCCGCCACCGCCGCCGCUCCACCACCACCACCACCCGCUCCUCGCCGCCGCGCCGCCCCAGCAGCAGAUAGAGCCAAUCCUUACUGGAAAUCUGCCUCCUGGCUUUGAUACGAGUACAUGCCGCAGUGUAUAUGUUGGCAAUGUUCAUGUUCAAGUCACAGAGGCACUUCUCCGAGAGGUUUUUCAGAGUACUGGUUUAGUUGAAGGAUGCAAGCUUAUACGAAAAGAGAAGUCAUCUUAUGGCUUUGUUGACUACUAUGACCGCAGAUCAGCUGCAUUAUCAAUUUUGACACUUAAUGGAAAGCAAAUUUUUGGGCAGCUUAUCAGAGUUAAUUGGGCAUAUGCUAGUGGGCAGAGGGAGGACACAACAGACCAUUUCAAUAUUUUUGUUGGUGAUCUUAGCCCAGAGGUUACUGAUUCCGCAUUAUUUGCAUUCUUCUCUGGAUAUUCCAGUUGCUCUGAUGCCCGAGUUAUGUGGGAUCAAAAGACUGGAAGAUCUAGAGGUUAUGGCUUUGUUUCCUUCAGGAAUCAACAGGAUGCACAAAGUGCCAUAAAUGACCUAAAUGGACAAUGGCUUGGAAGUCGGCAGAUACGCUGCAACUGGGCAACAAAGGGUGCCAGCAAUGGCGAGCAGCAGACUUCAGAUUCAAAAAACGUAGCUGAUCUGACUAACAAUUUGACAGAAGACGGGAAGGAGAAAGCAAAUGAAGAUGCCCCAGAGAACAAUCCACAGUACAGAACUGUUUAUGUUGGAAACCUUGCUCACGAGGUUACUCAAGAUGUGCUCCAUCGUCUUUUCCACGCACUUGGAGCUGGGGCCAUUGAGGAGGUCCGGAUCCAGCUUGGCAAAGGAUUUGGCUUCGUCAGAUACAGCAACCACGCAGAAGCCGCCCUCGCAAUCCAGAUGGGAAACGGUCGCAUUCUAGGUGGUAAACCAAUCAAGUGUUCCUGGGGCAACAAGCCGACGCCACCCGGCACCACGUCGGCGCCUCUGCCCCCUCCCGCCGCUCCCAGCGUGACGGCGGCCGAUCUCCUCGAGUACCAGCGCAGCCUCGCCUUGAGCAAGAUGGUGUCAAGCCAGGCGCUGAUGCAGGCUCAGGCACAGCAGCAUCUGAAGCAGGCAAUGGGGAUGGGUGCAGGCGUGAGCCAGGCCAUGUAUGAUGCCAGCUUCCCCAACGUUGGCCCCUCGCAGCAGCAGCUCAUGUACUACUGAAUAAAAUUCCUGCGAGCUCGUCGCUGUAAUUUGUGACUCGAUCAGUCUGAUCUCUUUUUUUUUCUGGUUUUGUUUUAGCUAAUGUUACUUUUUUUACGUCUAUAUUUAGAGUGUUUCUGGAGCUAUUUUCGAUGUUGUUUCGUACAUGGAUGGAUGGAGAAUGUGUAAUGGUAUAUGUGUGUGAAGGAUGUAAGCUGACAAUUUUAUAUAAUCUUAGUCUAAUGUUAUUGCUGCCAGCCUGCCA